AUGGAGAGCGAAAAUACUUCAGAUCAUACCUACGGGGAACCAAGGGUCCUCCGUCGCUACAACGUCUCGCGGUCCUGUAUCCGCUGCCAUCAGCGCAAGGUGCGCUGCGAUAAGUCGCACCCAUGUACUACAUGCGCGCGGUCCAAUGUGACCUGCCGCUACCCGGGAUCAGAGAAGACCAAGCGCCGAGCUCCGAAUCGGUGCCGCCGAUUCCAUAGCAGUGGUCGCUCCAACUGGGUUUUGAACGGUCUGACUAUAUACGCGGCUCAGUCAAUCGGGCUCCAUCGCGACGGAAGCAAUUUCCGUCUUCCGAUUCUGGAAUGUGAGCUGCGACGUCGCCUGUGGUGGCAUAUUAUCACCGCCGAUAAGCGAGUGGCCGAAGACCACGGGCUCGUCGGGGGGUCUGAGACCAUCUCUAAUACGAAGCUGCCAUUGAACGUCGACGACAGCGAUCUUAAUCCGCAGAUGAAGACCGCGCCGCCUCCGAAAGAAACAUGGACGGAGAUGACUAUGUUCUUGAUCACCGCAGAGGCGAGUAAGGUAUUUGCGCGCAUCAAUCGGGUUUCGUUACAAUCACAACGUGGUAGAGAUGUGCAUGAUGAGUCCCGGAAGCUCGUGGCCGAUUUGGACGCUCGCUUGAGCAAAACAUAUCUGAAAUAUUGCGAUCAGAACGUUCCAGUCCAGAAAGCUACGUUUCUGUUGGGCCGGUUACUCCUAUCGAAGGCCAGGGCUAUGGUACACAUCCACUCGCUCAAUGGUCUGAGUGCGGAGCAAUCUGCAAAGCACAUUAACGAGGAGACUCUAUCCUAUGCAUGCGAGGGCCUCGAAUGUGGAUCGGAGAUGCUCACGGACGAAGUUCUGAAAAGCUACAGUUGGCUGUCUUCAACCUACACUCCGUACCAUUUGCUCACAGCGCGAUGCAGGCUGGCGGGAGUCUGA